UCCCUGGGACUGUAGUUUGGGCUCUCACGUCCUGCAGUAAACCAAUAGCUAGUCAAACGGAUUUUAAACCACAGGAUUAAUAACAAUUACCAGGGACCAUGGUGGGAAUGAAGCCCUCCGAUACACCCCCUACCCUGGGGGUGAAGCUGCUGAGUGCUGGCUCAGCCGCCUGCAUCGCUGACCUGGUCACCUUUCCCCUGGAUACAGCCAAAGUCAGACUCCAGAUUCAGGGAGAGAAGGUGGCGUCGGAAGCUACCAAGGGCAUCCGCUACAGGGGGGUGUUUGGGACAAUCAGUACCAUGAUCCGGACGGAGGGGCCCAGGUCGCUGUAUAACGGUCUGGUGGCGGGCUUACAGAGACAGAUGUGCUUUGCCUCCAUCAGGAUCGGCUUCUAUGACAACGUCAAAAACUUCUACUCUGGCGGAGCAGACACUGCAAAUAUUGGUAUCCGUAUCUUGGCCGGCUGCACCACAGGGGCCAUGGCUGUGUCUUUCGCCCAGCCCACUGACGUGGUGAAGGUCCGCUUCCAGGCCCAGGUCAACCUGACCGGGGUGGCUCGUCGCUACACGGGCACCAUGCAGGCCUACAAACACAUUUUCAACCACGAGGGCAUCCGCGGGCUCUGGAAAGGCUGUCUACCCAACAUCACUAGGAACGCUCUGGUCAACUGCACAGAGCUUGUGACCUAUGACCUCAUCAAGGAGGCCAUUCUUAGGCACAACCUGUUGUCAGAUAACCUCCCGUGCCAUUUUGCUUCUGCGUUCGGCGCCGGCUUCGUUACCACCUGCAUUGCCUCUCCGGUGGACGUGGUGAAGACACGAUACAUGAACUCUCCCCCGGGCCAGUAUAAGAGUGCCAUCAACUGUGCCUGGACCAUGGCCACCAAAGAGGGACCCACGGCCUUCUACAAAGGAUUUGUGCCCUCAUUUCUAAGGCUGGGCUCAUGGAACGUUGUGAUGUUUGUGUCGUUUGAGCAGCUCAAGAGAGUCAUGAUGGUAGGAAAGCAGAAGAUGGAGGACAAAAGUUAACUUCAUUCCUACGUUCAAAGAGCCC